UAACAGUGGUGAUUGAAUAGAGCAAUUAAUUAGACCCUAACUCCCACCCCAAAAUGAGCACAUGUCUGGGAAAGGUAUCUGGUGUUUUAUUGGACCUGAGUGGUACUCUGCAUGUGGACAACACUCCCACACCUUCAGCAGUCAGUGCACUGAACAGGCUGAGAGAUGUGUGCGUGCCAUUUCGCUUCAUAACAAACACUACUAAAGAGUCGAAGAGAAUCUUGUAUGCACGACUGAGAGGCAUAGGUUUUGAUAUUUCAGAAGACGAGAUCUUCACAUCACUGACAGCAGCCAGACGGCUGAUUGAGGCUGACAAGCUGCACCCACUCCUGCUGUUAGAGGACUCGGCAAGGGAGGACUUUGAAGGAGUUGUUGAUGGUUGCACGCAGCAGCAGCAGCAUGACUGUGUGGUAGUUGGACUAGCUCCUUCACGUUUUGGGUACACUCACCUCAACCAAGCUUUCAGGUUGCUUCUCGGAGGAAGUAGACUGAUUGCCAUUCAUAGAGCCAAAUACUACAAGAAGGAGGAUGGGAUAGCCAUCGGUCCAGGUCCAUACGUGGCAGCUCUCGAGUAUGCUAGCGGGUGUACAGCUCAAGUGGUGGGGAAACCAGAGCCGUCGUUCUUCAACUCUGUUCUGAAAGAAAUCGACUGCCCUAUUAGUGAAGCUGUCAUGAUUGGAGAUGAUAUUCUUAAUGAUAUCAAAGGUGCUCAAGACAUGGGAAUGAAAGGAAUACUUGUAAAAACAGGGAAAUAUCGAGAUGGUGAUGAGAAGACUGUACACUCACCACCAAGAUUAGUGUGCGAUAACUUUGCAGAAGCUGUUGAAAUAAUAAUAUCGAACAACAAAUAAUUCUUAGCCAGAAUGUUCAUGAAGUGAUGUUAAAU